AUGAUUGAGGUUGAGGAUGAGGAUGAGAUGGAGGAUGAGGAUGAGAUGGAGGUUGAGGAUGAGAUGGAGGAUGAGGAUGAGAUGGAGGUUGAGGAUGAGAUGGAGGAUGAGGAUGAGAUGGAGGUUGAGGAUGAGAUGGAGGAUGAGGAUGAGAUGGAGGUUGAGGAUGAGAUGGAGGAUGAGGAUGAGAUGGAGGUUGAGGAUGAGAUGGAGGAUGAGGAUGAGAUGGAGGUUGAGGAUGAGAUGGAGGAUGAGGAUGAGGUUGUGGAUGAGAUUGAGGCUAAGGAUGAGAAA